AUGCUGAGGAAUAUCGCCUGCAGGGCCGGAGGUCGCCUCCUGAGCCCAUCGACUUCUUCGCCGGCAUGGCGAUCUGUUUCUACCCGCAGAGCCAUGGCCGUGGCCAGCCAAAAAACAAGAUACACCACGAGCGCGACUUCCGUUCCCCCGGACACAAGUGACAACUUCCUUUCGGGAAGCGCGGCGAGCUAUAUCGAUGAGAUGUAUAUGCAAUGGAAAGAAGACCCUUCGAGCGUCCACGUGUCGUGGCAGGUCUACUUCCGAAACAUGGAGAGCGGCGAUAUGCCCAUCUCCCAGGCUUUCAUCCCUCCGCCCAACCUGGUCCCCAGCGCUACUGGAGGUGUCCCCAGCUUGACCCCUGGUCAGGGCAUGGGACACAGCGAGAACAGCGAUCUUAUGAAGCACCUCAAGGUCCAGCUUCUGUGUCGCGCGUACCAGGCUCGUGGUCACCACAAGGCUAACGUUGAUCCUCUCGGUAUUCGAAACUCUUCCAAGGGCUUUGGUAACGUCAGGCCCCGGGAACUGACCCUCGAGUUCUACAACUUCACCGAGAAGGACCUUGAUGCCGAGUUCGAGCUUGGCCCUGGUAUCUUGCCCCGCUUCAAGACCCCUGAACGCCAGAAGAUGACUCUCCGCGAAAUCAUCUCCACCCUUGAGCACAUCUACUCGGGAUCCUUUGGUGUCGAGUUCAUCCACAUUCCCAACCGCACUCGCUGUGAUUGGCUUCGGGAGCGCCUUGAGGUCCCCACGCCCUUCAAGUACUCCAUCGACGAAAAGCGCCGCAUUCUCGACCGCUUGAUCUGGAGUUCUAGCUUCGAGGCGUUCCUUGCCAGCAAGUACCCCAACGAUAAGCGAUUCGGUCUCGAAGGUUGCGAAACCCUUGUUCCCGGUAUGAAGGCCCUCAUCGACCGUAGCGUUGACUAUGGCGUCAAGGACAUUGUCAUUGGUAUGCCCCAUCGUGGUCGUCUCAACGUCCUGUCCAACGUCGUCCGAAAGCCCAACGAGUCCAUCUUCAGCGAAUUCGCCGGUACCCAGAGCCCCGACGAGGGAUCUGGUGACGUCAAGUACCAUCUUGGUAUGAACUUCGAGCGCCCUACCCCCUCUGGCAAGCGUGUCCAGCUCUCUCUCGUCGCGAACCCGUCCCAUUUGGAGGCCGAGGACCCUGUUGUCCUGGGUAAGACGCGUGCUAUCCAGCACUAUAACAACGACGAGAGCGACCACAAGACCGCCAUGUCUGUCCUCCUUCACGGUGAUGCUGCCUUUGCCGCCCAGGGUGUCGUCUACGAGUGUCUCGGAUUCCACUCUCUUCCUGCCUUCUCCACUGGUGGUACCAUCCACUUGGUUGUCAACAACCAGAUUGGUUUCACCACCGAUCCCCGCUUCGCCCGAUCGACUGCCUACUGUACCGAUAUUGCCAAGGCCAUCGACGCCCCCGUCUUCCACGUCAACGCCGAUGAUGUUGAGGCCGUCACCUUCGUUUGCCAGCUUGCCGCUGACUGGCGCGCCGAGUUCCAGCACGACGUCGUCAUUGAUCUCAUCUGCUACCGAAAGCACGGACAUAACGAGACGGAUCAGCCCUCGUUCACCCAGCCCCUCAUGUACAAGCGCAUCAAGGACCACGAGCCCCAGAUCGAUAUCUACGUCGACAAGCUCCUCCGUGAAGGCACCUUCACCAAGGAGGACAUUGAGGAACACAAGAGCUGGGUCUGGCGCAUGUUGCAGGACAGCUUCAACAGGUCCAAGGACUACCAGCCCACUUCCAAGGAGUGGACCACGUCGGCCUGGAACGGCUUCAAGUCCCCCAAGGAACUUGCUACUGAGAUCUUGCCGCACAACCCUACCGCUGUUGACGAGCAGACAUUGAAGCACAUUGGUGAUGUUAUUGGCUCUUACCCCGAGGGCUUCACCGUACACAACAACUUGAAGCGAAUUCUCAAGAACCGCUCUAAGUCGGUCCUCGACGGCGCUAAGAACAUUGAUUUCCCUACUGCUGAGGCCCUCGCUUUCGGUUCGUUGGUCACCGAGGGCAACCACGUGCGAGUUUCCGGCCAGGACGUUGAGCGUGGUACCUUCUCGCAACGUCAUGCCGUCUUCCACGACCAGGAGACGGAGGACACCUACACUCCUCUCCAGCACCUCAGCAAGGACCAGGGCAAGUUCGUCAUUUCCAACUCGUCUCUCAGCGAGUUCGGCGCUCUCGGUUUCGAGUACGGUUACUCUCUCCAGUCUCCCAACGCCCUCGUCAUGUGGGAGGCCCAGUUCGGUGAUUUCGCCAACAACGCCCAAUGUAUCAUUGACCAGUUUGUCGCCUCUGGUGAGGUCAAGUGGAUGCAGCGAACCGGUCUCGUCAUGUCUCUGCCCCACGGCUACGACGGACAGGGUCCCGAGCACUCUUCUGGACGUCUCGAGCGAUACCUUCAGCUCUCCAAUGAGGAUCCUCGCAUCUUCCCCUCUGAGGACAAGCUCGCUCGUCAGCACCAGGACUGCAACAUGCAGAUUGUCUACAUGACCGAACCUUCCAACUUGUUCCACGUUCUUCGCCGACAGAUGUGCAGGCAGUUCCGAAAGCCUCUUGUCAUCUUCUUCUCGAAGUCUCUCCUCCGUCACCCGCUUGCCCGCUCGUCUCUCGACGAGUUCACCGGUGACUCCAGCUUCCGCUGGAUCAUCGAGGACCCCGAGCACAAGACCGGUGUCAUUAAGUCGCCCGAGGAGAUCGACCGCGUCAUCCUGUGCACUGGCCAGGUCUACACCGCCCUUCACAAGUACCGCCAGGAUCACCAGAUCGACAACGUCGCCUUCACGCGUAUCGAGCAGCUCAACCCCUUCCCCUGGCAGCAGCUCAAGGAGAACCUCGACAUGUACCCCAACGCCAAGACCAUCGUCUGGGCCCAGGAGGAGCCCCUUAAUGCCGGUGCUUGGAGCUUCACGCAGCCCCGUAUCGAGACUCUCCUCAACCACACCAAAUACCACGACAGGAAACACGUCAUGUAUGCUGGCCGCAACCCCAGCGCUUCCGUCGCCACUGGUAUGAAGCACGUGCACACUGCUGAGGAGGCCGAGCUCUUGGAAAUGGCCUUUACCGUCAAGCAGGACAAGCUCAAGGGUGAGGCUUAA